AUGACGCGCUUCCGCGACGUCACGGACGCGGUCGACGGCGACGACGGCGCCUCGGACGACGACGACGACGACGCGUUCGAUCACGUCGGGCACAACGGGAUAUACGGCGCCGCGACGCUCGCGCGCGUCGCGUCGUACGCGUCGUGGGACGGCGCGAGCUCGCCGCUUCGCGCGUCGCUCGAGCUUCGACCGGGCGCAGGGCGCGCGUCGCGAGCGCUGCUCGAGGAGGAGGAAGAGGAAAACGAGGACGCGAGCGGCGGCGGCGGCGGCGGCGGCGGCGGCCGCGGCGAUGAGGAGCUCGACCGCGCGCUGACGGGUCGACGCGGCCGCGCGUCGACGCCCGCGUUUCUCGACGCGACAGAUCCGGGCGCGGCGGCGACGCUCGCGGUCGCGCGGCUCAUCGCCGCGUCCGGCCGCGACGCGCUCCCGCGCGGGCUCGUGAGACUGAUGUCGCCGUACCAAUCGAACUUUCGAGAGCUGAAGCGCAUCGGUAAGGGCGGUUUCGGGAGCGUGUGCGCCGCCGUCGGGAGGCUCGACGAGCGCGCGGUCGCGGUGAAGAAGAUUCACUUCAAGUCCGCGGUGCCCCCCUGGGCGGACAACGACUCGUUGGAGCUCCUGCACGAGGACUUGCUGCGCGAGGCGCGCGCGCUCGCGCUGAUGGAUCAUCCGUGCUUGGUGCGGUAUCACGGCGCGUGGAUCGAGCCGAGGUGGAGCAAGCUGGCGGGCGUCGGCGGCGGCGGCGGCGGCGGCGGCGGCGGCGGCGAGCGGAAAAAAAACGGCGUCGGCGGCGCGAUCGUGCGACGCGACAGCGCGCUCAGUUUCUCGAGCGCGUCGUCGUCGGACUCGGAGACGGAGUACGACGACACGACGAGCGGGAGCGUCGCGCUCGCGGGGAGCGAGAGCGCUUUGACGCUCUCGCCGAAGAAGACGACGCGCGAAGAUUUAAAUCGAGAUCGAAGCGGCGACGACGGAAGCGGCGGAGAUCGCGACCCCGCCGCCGGCGACUCGGGCGACGCGUCGGUCGUGUGGACGCCCGCGGCGCUCGCCGCGAACGCGUUCCGCUGGCCGUACACGCUCCAUAUCACCAUGGAGCUCUGCCCCGGGAGCACGCUGAGGGAUUGGAUCCGGCUGCGCCCGCGAGGGGACGUGCAGCCCGGCGCGUUGAAUCAUAUUUUUUCAUCCGUCGCGGAGGCGCUGCGAUACGUCCACGCGCACGGGAUCAUCCAUCGGGACGUGAAGCCCGCGAACGUGCUCGUGCACCGCGGCGUUUCUCCGUUAGAGCCCGCGGUGAAGCUGAUGGACUUCGGGUUGGCGGUGUUUCACGAGAAGAACGCGAGCGGCGCGGGGAGGGAAGGAGGACGGCGCGGAGACGGCGACGGCGACGGCGGCGGAUCCGACGGCGGCAGACCCGACGCGUUCACCGUGGGCGUCGGCACCGCGACGUACGUCGCGCCCGAACAACGCUCCGGGCAUGGGCGUUACACCACCGCCGUCGACAUGUACUCCCUCGGCGUCGUGCUCGUGGAGAUGAUCACUCCGCUCGGGUACGACGCCACGGAGAGCGAACGCCUGACGGUCAUCGCGGAGGCGAAGGCGUCCAACUUGCGCGAGGACGCCGUCUCUCGCUUUCCGAAACACGCCGGCUUGGCCAAGGAGCUCAUGUCGAUCGACCCGAAGCUGAGACCGAGCGCGGCCGCGGUGCUGAAACGCUGGCCGCGGAUCAACGGCGGCGGCGUCGAUCGCGGGAGCGGCGGGGUGGGGGGGAGAGCCAGAGCCGCGCCGGCGCGGACGCAGUCGCUCCCGGAGAUGGACUUGGCGGCGUUGGCGGAGAGCGUGGAGCUCGAAAACCAAAUUCUCGCGGAGGAGACGACGGCGAAUCCGAAUUCGCGACGACCGAACGGCGGCGGCGGCGGCCGGUCGCGAUUGGGGCUUCCGGACGCGCGCCGCCUCGAUCGCUUAAACGAGGGCAGCGGCGGCAUCGACGUCGGGACCGCGUCCAGGGACGACCUCGCCGCGGAGGUCGUGCGCCUGCAAGAGAGGCUCCUCAUGCUCGGCGACGAGUGGCGCAGCAACGUCGUCGAUCCGCCGGUUGUUAUUCGCGAAAACGCGUAG